AUGUCCCGUUUCCUCACUCAAGUAUCGACUGGUCUUGCUCGGCGCGCGGUCGUAGGCGCGCAGGUCACUGCGCCCGCAUAUCGAUACGCCUCCAACUUUGCCAAAUUCGACUGGGAGGACCCAUUGAACCUCGCCUCUUUGUUGACCGAUGAAGAGCAAGCUAUCCACGAGACUGCCAAAAACUAUGCGCAGACCAAACUUCAACCUCGGGUGAUUGAGGGCUACCGGACGGAGAACUUUGACGUGACGAUGAUGAAGGAGAUGGGCGAGUUGGGUCUGCUUGGGCCUACGAUAGAGGGCUAUGGAUGCUCGGGAGUCAGCAGUGUGGCGUACGGCCUGAUUGCCAGGGAGGUGGAGCGAGUCGAUUCUGGAUACCGAUCGGCCAUGAGUGUGCAGUCAUCAUUGGUCAUGCACCCCAUCAACGAAUUUGGUACCGAGGCGCAAAAGGAGAAGUUCCUCCCCGGCCUCGCCUCUGGAGAGCUCAUCGGGUGCUUCGGUCUGACUGAGCCCAACCACGGAUCCGACCCCUCCUCCAUGGAGACUACAGCGACCAAGACCUCGUCAGGCUGGACCCUGAACGGCGGAAAGACCUGGAUCUCGAACGCCCCGGUAGCAAAUGUCUUCAUCAUCUGGGCGAGGGAGGUCAUCGAGGGACAGAAGGGCAAGAUCAGGGGUUUCGUCAUUGAGCGGGACACCGAGGGCUUGACCACCACCGCCAUCAAGAACAAGCUGGCGCUUCGCGCCUCCAUCACCGGUUCCGUCUUCCUCUCGGACGUCAAGCUUCCGAACGAGGCUCUGUUGCCCAAGUCUGGCGGUCUCGGCUCCCCCUUCUCGUGCCUCAACAGCGCGCGUUACGGUAUCAGCUGGGGUACUAUGGGAGCCCUCGAGGACUGUAUCGACCGGGCGAGGACGUACGCCUUGGAACGGAAGCAAUUCGGCAGGCCCCUCGCUGGUUUCCAGCUUCCCCAGAAGAAGCUCGCCGAUGCCUCUACCGCGGCCACGCUUGGUCUUCUCGGCUCCCUCCAGCUCGGCCGGCUCAAGGACCAGGGCAAGUGGAGCCCCGACAUGGUCAGUAUGAUGAAGCGCAACAACUGCGGGGCCGCUCUGGAGCACUCGCGAGUACUGCUUGAUAUUCUUGGCGGGAACGCGUGCAGUGACGAAUACCACAUUGGGAGGCACGUCGCCAACUUGCAGGUCGCCAACACCUACGAGGGGACGCACGAUAUCCACGCUCUUAUCCUCGGUAAAGCCAUCACCGGCGAGCAGGCGUUCCAAUGA